AUGGAACAAACUUAUUCUGACAUUAGUACUGGUAAUAAGAUUGAAGUACACGAAUUCUGGGAGGUUUUAGGAUUAUUAGAUAAUGAAGUCCAAGCAAAAAAUGAAUUAUUUGUUGCAUUUUCUAAAUCUAAUUUAUUUGGAGUAUUAGAACACAAUGUAUUAUUGGAUGCUCAAGCUCAUCUUGUGAAAGGUUUAAAUCUUUUCGAAUAUGAUGAACUUGGGUUUGAUUUAAUAAAUAAUGUGAAAUUGUAA